UAACACACCGGGUGGAAACGUCGUGGAAAUGGACAGCUGUGGAAUGGAUUUAACCGGGACGAAGUGCCGCAGGGAGAGCAGAGUAUCCGGAUCCUGAAAAAUAGUUUUGCUCUUGCUUAAAGUGCCCCAAGUGACUCUCCGCCCUCGUCAUGGCGGCAAGGCCUGCCCUUUCGUUCUUGUUGGCUGUGCUGGCGUGCACUGGGCCGGCCCAGCCCUCCCCCCCACUGCUGCUCCGCCCCCGGGAGAGAGAGAGGGACUCGGGAGGGGCUUCGGGCGGAGUCAACAUCGCUGUGGUCCAUUCCGGCUCCUCCCACCUCCCGGAAACGAGCGCUGGGGUGGGGGGCACGGGCGGAGCCUCUGCGGCGGGCUUUGGCUCUGGUGCCGGGCCAAGCAGCAGCUCAGGGACAGGUGUUUUGAGUCGGGCCUGGUCUGGACAGGUGGGUGAGAGUGUGAUGACACCGUGGGGGCCGGCUAACGUGAUCUGGUUGGCUGUGAACGAGAGCAGUCCAGGGAGCCUGUUGCUACAGUUGUGUGAGUUACUGGGCAACACACCACUGCAAGGCCUUGUAUUUGAGGAAGAGAAGCCACCACCACCCAACCGGGCACCAUUAGCACCUAUGCUGGAGUUUGUCUCCGCCCAGACAGGAGUACCUGUCAUUGCUGUAGGGGGAGGUGCUGGCCUGGGGAGGGAGCCGCAGGAAAUUGGCUCGGUCUACCUGCAGUUCCUUUGCUCCACUUCCCUUCAACUCGACGUCAUUUUUGAAGUUCUGGAAGAGUUCGAUUGGACUGCAUUCUCGGUGGUCACCACGCGCCACCAUGGCUACGAAGACUUUCUGGCCAUGGUAGAAGGCAUGAUAGAUGGCUCCUUCAUCGGUUGGGAGAGAAAGAGCGUGGUCAUGCUCAACCUGACUGAUGACCCGGGAGGUGCCCGUGCACGCAGGCUUCUGAAGGAGAAUGAAGCACAGGUGCGACUCCUGUAUUGCUCACAAGAAGAAGCGGAGUACAUUUUUAAGGCGGCAUGGGCAUCUGGCCAGGCGACCCCAUCACACAUGUGGUUUGCAGUAGGACCUGCUCUGUCAGGACUGGGUCUUGAAGGUCUUCCCAAAGCUCUGUUUGCCGUGCGACCCCAGGGAUGGAGGGACGAACCACGGCGGCGAAUCGCUAAAGGUGUGUCUGUACUGACUCACGGCGCCAUGGCUUUACGGCGAGAGUACGGCGGGGCUAGAGGGACAAGUUUUGCCGGGAACUGUAAAAUGGAUGGAAACCAAACUCGAAGGGUGCCAGAUAGGAUCAGGUUCUUCAGUAACAUAACUCUAUCUGGCCGGGACUAUUCCUUUAAUAAUGACGGUUAUCUGGCAAAUCCGCUCUUGGAUGUUAUCUCCUACACUGCAGGAAGAGGCUGGGAGGAGGUAGGUUGGUGGGAGAACGGUGUGCUGCGUCUGCGAUACCCACCCUGGUCCCGAUACGGCCCCUUCCUCAAGCCUCUGGACGAUUCGCAGCACUUGCGUGUUGUCACGCUGGAGGAGAGGCCCUUCGUUAUCGUCGAACCCGCUGAUCCCGGAACGGGCUCCUGCAUCAGAGACUCUGUGCAGUGCCGUCUGCCGCUCAACAACAGCAUGGUUUCUGAGACCAUUCAAUCCACGAAGCACUGCUGCAAAGGCUUCUGUAUUGAUGUUCUCAAGCGACUGGCUAAAAUAGUGGGCUUCACCUAUGACCUCUAUCUGGUGACCAAUGGCAGGCAUGGAAAGAACAUAGAUGGAGAGUGGAAUGGGAUGGUCGGAGAGGUGGUGUCGGGGCGGGCCGACAUGGCGAUCGGUUCCCUGACUAUUAAUGAAGAGAGGUCAGAGGUCGUGGAGUUCUCUGUUCCUUUCGUGGAGACGGGCAUCAGUGUCAUGGUGUCUCGUAGCAACGGCACUGUAUCGCCAUCUGCUUUCCUCGAGCCAUACAGUCCAGCUGUGUGGGUGAUGAUGUUUGUCAUGUGCCUGUCUGUGGUGGCUGUAACGGUCUUCAUAUUCGAGUUCUUCAGCCCAGUCGGAUAUAACCGAAGCUUACAAAGCGGCAAGAAGACAGGAGGUUCGAAGUUCACAAUCGGCAAGUCUAUCUGGUUGCUGUGGGCUCUGGUGUUUAAUAACUCUGUUCCGGUUGAGAACCCAAGAGGCACCACCAGUAAGAUUAUGGUGCUGGUUUGGGCUUUCUUCGCUGUCAUCUUUCUGGCCAGCUACACUGCUAACCUGGCAGCCUUCAUGAUUCAGGAGGAGUACAUCGACACCGUAUCUGGCCUCAGUGAUAAGAAGUUCCAGCAUCCCACAGACCAGUAUCCUCCCUUACGCUUCGGCACCGUCCCAAACGGGAGCACGGAGGAGAACAUACGAAGCAACUAUCCCAACAUGCAUCAAUACAUGGUGCGAAACAACCAGAGAGGGGUGGAAGAGGCCAUCGACAAUCUCAAGACCGGAAAACUGGAUGCCUUCAUAUAUGAUGCAGCUGUCUUAAACUACAUGGCCCGUAAGGACGAGGGUUGCAAAGUGAUGACCAUCGGCUCUGGGAAAGUGUUUGCCACAACAGGAUAUGGCAUUGCAUUACACAAGAAUUCCCGCUGGAAACGACCAGUGGACCUCGCCCUGCUGCAGCUGGUUGGAGACGAUGAGAUCGACAUGCUCGAACGGCUUUGGCUUUCUGGAAUCUGCCAUAAUGAUAAAAUUGAGGUCAUGAGUUCCAAGCUGGACAUAGACAACAUGGCUGGCGUCUUCUAUAUGCUUCUGGUGGCAAUGGGCCUAAGUUUGCUGGUGUUUGCAUGGGAGCAUCUUGUCUACUGGAAGCUCAGACACUGUUUGGGUCGUUCUGGAGGAUUAGACUUCCUGCUUGCUUUAAGUCGGGGAAUGUACAGCUGCUGCAAUUUCGAGGAUGAAACAGCUCCUGGAGGUUCCCAAAGCACACUUCCUCAAUAUCAUGUCUCUACAGUUCCUCCUCCUCCCCCGCCUUAUGUGAUAUCUAUGGCUCUGGCCAAUCCCCCCAUCACGAUGGCACAACAACAGCAAAAACAACACUACCAACAGCUGCCAGUGUACAGCGCCCUCCUUCCUGGCUCACCCCCAUCCGGUGGUCAUUCAGGCAUGGCUCUAGGGCCAUCAAACAGCCCCAUUCUUGGAGCACCGAUGCCAUGCUCAACAUUCCUACCGCGACAUGAUCGCAGAUUAGCUGUGGUGGAUCGAUGGACACGUCCAAAGGUGGGCCCUGAAAAAUCCAGUGGAGUCAACAGUGGGAUUAAAGACUUUGCACAAUUCCAGGGUAUGCCCCCUCACUGGGGCACAGGAGUAGGUGUAGGUGAGGAUGAGUACAAGAGAUACUAUGGUCCAAUUGAUCCAGAGGGUUUAGGGGUCUCUGCAGACCUACAAAAUACAGGUACUCAAACUCCUAAAACAAAACAUCGAGUGCAAAAAUCCUCUGUAAACCCAAGGUUAGCCUCUAAAGGUCAAGCUUCUGGACACUUACCCAUUAACCCUGCUUUACAACAUCCCUCUUCACCUCAACAAUCCAUAUGGAGGAGAAGCAGCUUCUCAAAACGAAAGGGCUCGGGGGUCCCACUAUAUGAAAAUAUCCUUCCCCUUGGGAGGAGAGGUGGUGUCAAGCAUGGAAUGAGGGAUGAAGGUGGCAGAAGGGGACGUCUCCCUCCUCCCCUUCCUCUACCAAUACCUGUACCCCUGACUUCCCCGACCCACACUCCCCCAUCACCUUCUCCAUCUAUAUGCUACACAACCUCAUCCUCCAGCAGUUCCAGCACCUCCAGCUCAUCCUCUUCCUCAGAAUCAGUCUCCCGAUCCAAUUCUCCCUCCUCUUUUUUAUCUUGUACAUCAUCACAGAGUUUCAGGUACCGGGCAGAUGUGUAUGAGGACUACGAUACAGAUGAGCUUACAGAAGAGUCAAGCCUGCUUUUGGGGAGGAGAAAAAGUCGUUCACGUAUGUCCUCUCGAUCGCUGCCCAGCAGUCCUCCCCCGCCACCCAUUCCACCCCGUAAACCUUGCCCACAGAGGGGUCAGAUGCGAGAAAGGGCGGGUAGUCAGCUCGCCCAACUUCAAGAAUGGUGGGCAUCUUGGGGAGAGAAAGAAAAGAGAAGGGCAGCUGGAUUAAAAGAAGGCAAGGAAGGGAAACGACAUCACAAGGAGAGGGAAAGAGAGAGGAAAAGGAGAAAGAAAGGUAGAAAGAAAAAGAAGAGAGAAGAGCGUGAGAGAGAAAGGGAGCGUAAAAGACGCAAGGUGAAAAAGAAAAAGAAAAAAGAGGAGAAAACCAAAAGAAGGGAAAGGGAAAAGCGGUCUGAACAAGAAGAGGGAGACCUUGACAGGAAAGAAGUUUUUGAAAAAGUUGUAGGACAGGAAUACACUUCGUAUCCUGCCCUGAGGCGAAGCUCUUUUCGAAAAAAGAGCGAAAGCUCAACAAGGAGUUACGAGUGGGAUAUUAGCAGAGAUGGAGCAAAGAGAGACAAGGAUGAUCAAGGAGCUGACGAUGAAGAUGGAAGCAGAGGUAAAGAAAGCCAUCACAGAAGCCCUAAAUCACAUCGCCACUCCAGGCCAAGGUCUAACAACAAACAUUGUUCCACCUCAAACAAACCUUCCUCAACUGUCAAAUUUUGGGCUAGUGGGAAUCCAAGUUCAGAAUCAACUUUUGUACCCCUGCUUCCACUUUCUAAAAGACGAAAAUCUGUAGGUGCUGAGAGAGAUGAACGUGUAAGAGGUGGGGAGAGUCGACCUCUUCUGGGAAAUGAUGGGAGAAUUAAAGCUCGUUCAAGAGAAGGCCUGUCAUUUCACGAAUGGAAUUCUGAGGAGGAAGACGAGGAGUCUGAGGUGGAAAGGUGUAGACAGGAAGAACAGGGGAGACGAAAAGAAAGUAGAGGAAUGGACACCGAGUCAGACAGGGAUAGAGAAAAAACUGUUGAGAUCUAUACGGAUGACGAGGGUUCCUCGGGAGAGUUUGGUAAGUUUGAGAGAUAUUGGGAGGGUCAUGAAGGAAGGGCAGUUGGAGGCAUUGGUGGAGGAGGAUGGUUUUUUGGCACCUACCCUGCCAGAGAGAGAGGAGGCAGUAUAAACAGUAGAGAUGACUCGUUAUUGCCAUGGGGUGGUGGGGAAAGCAGCUUGGGGUUUGGGACAGGGACAGGAUGGGGAUCUGGAGGCUUAGGAUCAAACCAGUGGCCUCCGGCUCCAUUAACUCCCCCACCCCCACGAAGAUAUUGGUCUGUAGACAAGUUACCGCUAAAGACUGAAAAGAAGUCUAAAAGCAGAUCCCAAGAAAAGACUCGUGGCCCCACAUCUUGUUCCUGCCAGUCGCCCCACCACUCUGCAUGCUCUCACUCCAAAUGGAAACGAGUGACUUCUCGGAGUCAAGAGGAGCUGCUUCCCCACUGCCACAGUUUUACCAGUAGUGUGAGGCCCAAACGGCAAUCAUCCAAGCCAGACCGGGCUUCAGGCCAAGGAAAAUCUGGAAGCCAGUCCAACCUCAAUGCACAAAGGCCGCAGCGUUCAGACCGGUCUCGACAACCGGUGUCUCCUCCUCAGAGUCUACCGCCAUCUUUGCCCUCUCCCAUGGUCCCUGCACUCCCAGCGCCUCCAUCUUCCUCUCAUCAUAAACACAUUCCUCCUCCUACCUCCUCCUCCUCAGUUUCCUCCCCUUCGGUUGUUUCAUCUACUCCUGGUGCCCCACAGCCCUCUUCUCUGUCCUCCUCUAGCGCCAAGCUCCAAUACCAGAAACUGCGAUCUGUUCCCCUACCCCAAAGGUAUCAGUCCCCACAUCUCCCCCUCAAAACCAAGAGUCUUUGCUCUCGUCGGGGCUCUGCUCAAUUCUCCAGUGUGGAGAGCGAGGUCUGAGAAACAUAAUUCAACGAGGAACAUCAGCAAGCAGACCAGAAGGGCAUUCGAAUCACCCGCUCACGCUACAAACUGUUAACUUCUCAUAACAGUUGGGUUGUUUUAGCUGGCACCAUCUUGCACAAAGCUAUAAUGCUCCUCGGAGACAAACCUGGAUUGGAAGGUCACUUCAAUUGUAGCCCUGUCUCCUUACUUGUGUAAGAAUGGUACUGCCAUGCUGACAAAUUUCGUUGGUGUAAGCGAGGCUGAUCAUAUGGCUUUUUCUCUUACUUCUUGGGGGUAAAUGUGAUUGUUUUUUGGGGAGUGUUUUCAGUGCGGUGGCUCAGGAUCUCAAUCUCAAGGCGAGAUUCAGAGGUCAAAAUACAAACCCAGAUGCCCUACGCCAUCUUUUUUGCUCUCAGUGUUGACAUAACUGUUGUGUAUAUUUGUUCAAUAUCUCAAGGGAAGCGUUCACAAAGGAAAGUAGCAAUCCAUUUUUUUCUUGACCUCUAUCUCCAUUGACAAAACUAACACUUUGCAUUCUGUGUUGUUGUUGUCAGUGUUCGUAUUCCUAGAAACAGGGUAAGUUAGCCAUGACUGAUCACAUAAUGGCUCACUGAAGCUGAAUGCCAAACCUAAGAGAGCCGAUGUACACUGAAGUCAUUACACAGGUCCUCAUGUUUCAUUCCCCUCCCUUGAGCAAUACAUAAUUAACUACAGACAACAUUCAAUACAUAUAUUUUAUAUUUGAAAGUUAUUUUAUUAUAUAUAUAUAUAACAUGUUUUGUGAGCUUGUUCAAAGCAAUUGUGUUUAGUUAUCACAGAUAUAAGCACUUUGCUGUUUUACAGUAGGGCACAUCUUUCAACUACCUACAAUCGGUGGCAGCCCUUCCCCUCUCGACUGAAUGUAAAUGUUGCCAUGACAACACAGUGUGCUGCAACCAAGAAGACACUUUUUAAGAUCGUAGCUUUCUCGGGAGACACCUUUUGGGUCUGAGCCAGUUAGGGGAAGUUUGGAACGCCGGUGUUUGAAGAGCAAGACAGGGCUAGCCAUACUGCAACACUGUACUCGCUAACAACGACGUCAGCGAGUGACGAAAGUCAAGUCAUUGAUCAGAGAGCGACAAACGAAGGAGAGCACUGUUUACAGUUUAACACUGUGUUUUUACACCUUUUUUUACAAGCUGCUCGGUUCUCUCAUUUAUCAGGCUCCAACAUCAUACUUGCUUAGCAAGUUUGCUUAAGCUGUGUAAGUAGCAGCGAGAGAAAAAAACGAGAGCAAAGCAGAUUUAUGCUUUUGUCCUAGACAUGUCAAUUCGUUUAAAAAGGGCAAGAUUUUCUGUUAAUUGUGAGGAAAAGACUGAUAACCAGAAGUCGGGUUGUUUGAUUUUGCUUUCAUCAUUAGCCAGAAGCUAGCAUUUUUGAAGUGAGCGCUAUAAUUGACUGUGAAUAUUGCUAAGGGCAGAUGCGUGUUGGCGGCAGGUCUGAGUCAACUAUGUUUUAAUUAUUUGUGUUGUGUUAAAAAUUGAAACACACGUGGCCUCUCUGUGUUCGCUGUCUUUCUGUGUUUCUUUGGAUUGAUUGCUGGAGUUUGUAAUUAUGUUGGCUUGACACAGCCGACACGCUGUAUUAUACUUCAACUUGGGUUAGGGGUCCAACUCCUAACACUCAAGCUACCAAAGCCACAAAAUAGGGCCUUCCGAUUUACUAUUUCAAAUUCAUAUUGUCCCCUUGCAAAAAGUCUAUUUCAGUGUGUUAACUCCAUCGUAUAGAGUGAUAUGUACCAUUACCUUACAAAUGACAGCAGGCCUAAACAUUUUUUAAAUGAGAAAGCUUUUUAACUUUCAAAUGCUUUGUCAAGCCAGCAUAUAAUUCCUCAUGAUAAAGUUUGUUUUCUUUAUACAUUGUAUAUUGUUACUAAUCUACGACUGUAUGUGUUUAUUCCUUUGUGCAUAUUUGACACAGAACUACGCACAGUCCAACUUGCCAAUUGUUUUUUGUGUGCUUGUAACUGCAUCUGAGCCAUAUUACGCUUGUUUGUGUAUGCUGAGCUUUUUAAAAGUAGUACUAAUCAAUUGGGGUAUAUUUUGUUGUCGAUGGGCUAAACUGUAAUGUCAAGCGACUAUAGAGUAACGUGUGCGAGAAACAUAAUCAGUGAUUUUUGUUGGUUUGAAAAAAUCGGGAGGGCAGUAACACAAUUCUGGAAUCACAACUGCCUCGCUUUCACGGAUUUCAAAGUAGUUUAUCUUGACAUUGACAUUUAGAAUAUUUGGCAGCUUAUAUAUGUAUAUCCUUUGACUCCGACUUUGUUGUGUAAUACUUGUCUGGAUUACUUUAUAUAUAGAUGUACCUCAUGUAUGUGUUUGUGAAGUUUAGAUAGCAAUAGAGAAAUAGCUGUUCAGCAAAGCAGUAUAGCCGAGACAAAAACAUUGUUUUCAAACAUUUCUUUAGGCAGACUCGAUAAUUAAGAUGUGUUUCAUGUGUUACCUGCGUAAAACUAAUUUUCAAUUCCCUUUCCAUUCCAUUGCGCGCAUAAAUUCAACAGACAGGUUUGAUCAAAUGUUUGGGCUUAACCAGCAAGGACCUUAAGAUAAUGUUUUUUUUCUUUCGUUUUCAAAUUGAAUGAAAUAUCAGGCAUAUUGCACAACGUUUAGUAGGAAAAACGCCACCAAGAAUCUUGAAAAGGCCUUUCUCUAGACAUGUGUCUUGUUGUGUUGAUUGUGUCUUUGACAGUAAAUGUUUUUGUUUGUUUGUUUAUUUGUUAUUAAGGAUAAGUCCGUUAUGGAAGCAGCCGCCUAUAAAUAUAUACAUAUAGAAAAUUAUAUAUUUCAACAAAUAACGUUAAUAUAUAUCUAUAUAUGUAAUGUUUCUCUACUAAAUUUUUCUCUUUGAAUUAGUCUUCUUUUGUCUCUUUGUCCUCUCUCGACUCAUAACAGCCGACAUCAGAGACCAGUCUCCAACUGUGUUUUAAUGAAUGACAUGGCCACCCAUCGACCUCGAUGAAUUUAUGUUGCAAAUAACCAACGCUGUGACUGAGGUGUGUAUGUGUCACCAUCUCAGUUUCGGGACGUUGAGAUACGACUUUUAAAGAUAAGCUUGCAAAACAGCUGUAGGCUCCUCACUGUGAGCGUCCAUCUUGCAGUAGCAAGUAGAUCUUAAGCAGACAGCCUCUCUUCUGAUGCGCGGAUCGACCCCGUAGCAUCCGAAGCUUUGCUGUCUGCGGGAGUCCGUCCAUAUGUGUCACGCGACUUGGAUAACGGUGUAUGUGCGCUCUGUUUGUGCCGAACCGCAAUGUUAUGCUGACAACACAUUCGAACACAUGCGAUGCUGCUCUGUAAUACUUUAUUAUAAUGUAGCUGAGCAGAGCCAGUUAUGUUUUACGCCACUCUGUGCCAGGAUGGUAGUGCCCCCCGGUACCACUGUGUUAGGUUCUUGUGCCAUACUCCUCUAAGUAGGGGAGACUCACGGGGGGGCCACUCGCUGGGCUGUUCGAAC